CAGGACAUCAGCGAAAGUGGACGAAAAUGAAGAAGCUGCUGACUGUGAUAUUUCUGGCACUGAGUGGUGUAUUGGCUGAAGCGCCAGCACCUUAUCCUCCCAGUGGAUUCAGACCUGCAGGACCUGCUUUUGAGUUACCCCAGAAGCAGACUCAGAAUGUUCCACAACAACAAUAUCUACCAGUAGAUCCUAGAAGACCGUUAAAUCCUAACAAUGAGUAUGGACCACCUGAAGAAGAAGACGUGUCAGUUCAAGGUUUACCAACGCAGGAGCAGCUACCUAUCUUCCAGGGUUCACCAAUUAAUGGACAGCAAUAUGUGGGACCAGCCCUGCAAACAGACUUGAGGAAUUUGGAUGAAAGUUUUCAACAAAGUCAGUACCAACAGCAACAAGAGAGAUACAGAGAGUAUGCCAGACAAAAGGACUUGGAAGCUGCACGAGCAAGAAAUAACGCUAAUCCAACUCCAGCUGUACCCCGGCAAUUCGUACCACGUACCACAAUUAGCCCAGAUAAUACAUUAACAACAACUGAGGUUCCCACAACAACCGAAACCCUAGACCUAAAUGAAGGCGAAACUCUAGAAGACGCAAAUUCACCAAAAAAGGCAAAUUCAUCAGUGGAAAUUUCAAAACAAAGAAUACAAGAGUAUCCUGGUGAAUUUUACCUUAGUUCGUUAGCACAAUUGAAACUUCAGCCUCAGUUUGUUCCUGUUCAACAAUUUGGACAAUUACGAGCACCCUUGUAUGUUCAACCAACCCAAGAUGUUUCUCAACGACAAGUAUUAGCAGGUUACGAUGCUCAAACUCAUUUCGCAGCAUUACCAUCAGUUUUAGCUCAAAGACAACUUCUUCAACCCCAAGGAGUUGUUCAGAAUCAACAGCCAUUCCAAAAUCCUGGUUUGUUGAUUGCACAACAGCCAUCUACAGGUUUUGGUCCAAGCCCAGUACAGCCAUUAAAUCAAUAUCAGCCCGUGGUACAGCAAGUACAACCGUUUCCACAAAUUCAAGCGCAGCCAGCAUUUGUUCAGUCGCAACCAGUAAAUCCAAAUAUCUACGGACAACCAAAUCCUGACACUGAAGAAGUAGAGAUACAAUCGUAUCAGCCACAAGUUUUUCAACAACCAAAUUACCAACCUCAAGAACAACAAAAUCUUUUAUUGUCGCAAGCUCAAUUGAGUUUUCCGACUCAGGACCAGGAUAAUAUAAAUCAGCCUCAGUUUGUGGGUCAAUUCCCUCAACAACAAAGCCAGUUUCCUCAACAACAAGGCCAGUUUCCACAACAGCCAGCCCAGUUUCCUCAACAACAAGGCCAGUUUCCCCAACAACAGCCAGCCCAGUUCCCUCAACAAGGUUACCAGGGCCAGGAUGCGUUUCUUCAAAGUGGCUUGGACGUGAACCAGCAAGGUAAUGGGGUUGAAGAUAGAGAUGAAUCAGACAAUCAGGAUGAUUCGGUUACGUCUGUCGCCACCGCCUUUGGCACAAGAACCCAACCUCGUGUGUACAAUCGGUACGGAGCGCCAGUCCCUGUACCACGAGCGCAAAUAGAUCCAGAAUAUCAAACAACCACGGAAUCUGCUGAUGAGGCAAAUACUGGAAGUCCAGUUGUAGCGGAAGCGACUGCAGUAGCCAACGGCAGGAGGAAAAAUGCCAAAUUGAGAAGCCGUCGGGUACGUCCGAUUUUCACUUUGGACAGAUCCGGACAUUUGGUGCUGGCGCCCGAACAAAACCAGGCGCAAUAAUUAGUUAAAUAUCAACUGUAUGACAUAGUCACUUAAUUACAAACUUACAAACAGAAAUCAACCACAAAUCCGUAAAAAUCCUUUAAGUCGAAUCCUAUUUAUUCAAAUUUAUAUCACUAUUUUUGUUCUGAUUUUUAAUAUUUUAGUCUACCUUUAUAUUGUUUUGUAAGUCUAUAUAAUAUAUAAGCCAGUCA